GGAAGAAAGUUGAGAUUUCUGUUGCUUUCAGUAAGGAUAGAAUACAACACGUUUAUAGCCACAGUCUUCUAUUUUCUGUAACUUAACUUGUUAUUAACAUGCUAGUGAACAUCCUGCUGCUUGAAGAAAGCAGUCAAUUAUUCGACAUAUUUACAAACUUUCGUAUUUAAACGUCGUUUUUGGAUUUUGAAGAUUCUUCAUGCAGAAUCAUGCACAUUUUCAGCGUUUUAGUAACGCUGAUGCUUCACAUAAACGCUCACUGCAUGUUUCUGAAUGUGACAUCACAGGACCGAUUAAACAUAAUCAUGAUUAUGGCUGAUGCAUUUGAUGGGAGGUUAAGUUUUCACCCAGGCAAUAAAGUUGUACAACUGCCUUACAUCAACUAUAUGAGGGGAAUGGGUAGUGUUUUUCUCAAUUGUUACACCAAUUCACCCAUCUGCUGUCCUUCAAGAGCAGCUAUGUGGAGUGGACAGUUUGUUCAUUUAACUCAGGCCUGGAACAACUAUAAAUGUCUUGAUCACAAUGCUACUACAUGGAUGGAUCAAUUACAAAAGAGAGGUUAUCAUACUCAUGCCAUGGGGAAAUUGGAUUACACAUCAGGAGGUCACUCUGUCAGUAAUCGUGUGGAGGCCUGGACCAGAGAUGUGCCAUUUUUAUUGAGACAAGAGGGUCGUCCAGUCAUAGACCUGGUGGGUGAUAUGUCCACAAACAGGGUCAUGACUAAAGAUUGGAACAUAACUGAUGCUGCAGCCCACUGGAUCAAACACACAGCUACAUCUCUCUCCCAGCCAUUUGCAUUAUAUCUGGGGUUAAAUCUUCCUCACCCCUACCGCACAGACUCCCUAGGGCCCACAGCUGGAGGCUCCACCUUCCGCACCUCUCCAUAUUGGCUUGACAAGGUUUCUUAUGAGCAUGUGACUGUGCCGAAAUGGUUACAGUUUAAAGAUAUGCACCCUGUGGAUUACUAUUCCACCUUUACCAAAAACUGCAGCGGCAACUUCACAGACCAAGAGAUCAGAAACAUACGAGCUUUUUACUAUGCCAUGUGUGCUGAAACAGACAGCAUGUUAGGUGAGGUGAUCGCUGCUGUCAGAGACACUGGCUUAUUAAAGAGCACAGUCAUUCUGUUCACCUCCGAUCAUGGAGAUCUAGCCAUGGAACACAGGCAGUUCUACAAAAUGUCCAUGUUUGAGGGGAGCUCUCAUGUCCCUUAUCUCAUAAUGGGCCCUGGAAUAAAGUCUGGCUUUGAAGUUAGCUUACCUGUCUCACUAGUGGACAUAUAUCCAACUGUGCUUGAUCUUGCUGGUGUUUCAAAGCCAGGUGGUCUCAGUGGACACUCGCUGGUUCCUCUGGUGUCUGUGGUCAGCGGUCGGUCAGCUGAGGCUCAUCCUGGGUGGGUGCUCAGUGAAUAUCAUGGUUGCAAUGCUAAUGCAUCGACAUACAUGCUGAGGAUAGCUGAGUGGAAGUACAUCACAUAUUCAGAUGGCCUGACUGUUCCCCCACAGCUCUUUAAUUUGUCCAAAGAUGAAUCAGAAUUGAGGAAUGUAGCGGCACUUUUCCCUGAUGUGUGCCAGACCUUGGACAAGCAGUUGCGUGUGAUUGUUGACUACCCUUCUGUAUCAAAAGCAGUUCAACAGUACAACAAGCAACAGUUUCUAGAUUGGAUGCAAAGCCUUGGGGAACAUUACUCUGAGGUCAUAAGUAAUCUGCGCUGGCAUGCCGACUGGCAAAAGGAUGCAAAGUUUAAUGAGAAAAAAAUUGAGAAGUGGCUUGCAGGGUUGAAAUGACAGUACAGUAUUAUUAUUAUAUUAAUUUAUUAAUUGUAUGUCACUUGUUGUUUUAUGGUGCAACAUUUUUCAUGGUUUGAUAAUUCAGUGUAUUGUCACAAGAACAAAUUCUGCUGUAUUCUGCUCAGUUCACCACCAAGAGCUGAGUGCAGUUGUCUUGUGCCAAUGUAUGGUAAUAUUAUUUUUUGAUAGUACAUGUUUUAAAAGAAAAGUGGUUUAGGCAUACAUCAGACUAUAACCAGCUAAAAACAGGCUUCUCAGUAGGGCGGCAAAAAAUUAACAUGCAAAUUUGCAUUAAGCAAUUAUGCGGACACUAAUGGACACUAAUAUAGUUAAAAUGAUUGUACACUAAUAUAGUAAUAUUGUUAACAUUAUGGUUAUUGUUAAAGUGUGAACGGCCCUUUAGGGACUUUGCAAACAGUUUGGCAACACUGUGUGAGAAAAACGGAAUUUCCCCAUCUUAAUUUUAAUGUGCUGCAUGCUUUCAGUUUCUUUUCACUGGAACAGUUUCUAACCUUAGUCUGCUAUCGAUCAAUGUUUUGGCUGUAUUGCGUAUAACCAAUUAAGUUUAAACCUGUUAACCCAUAUUUUGAAGGAGGUAGGAUCGGAUUUUUAUAUACAGUAUGUAUGUAUGUAUUUAUGUAUAAACAUACAAUAUAUCAAAUGAAAGAACAGCCCCCCUGAUUAAAAAAGAAAAUUCUUCCUAUGUUCUCUUUUUAUCACCUCUCAUAUAUGGAAAGGUUUCUUCAGAAAGACCCAAUUUUUUUGCAAAAAGCAGAGAUAAUUGCAUUCAGUCCCAAAUAUGUAGUAUUGAAUGUUGAAUCCUGCUCUUAAACUUUCAGCUUUGCAUUUCAUUGUGGCACUGGAUUUAUUUGUUUCCCUUUGUUAAAAUGCAAUGAAAAUGUAACACAAAUUUGCGGCCAAAAAAAACCCCCCUGAAAAUGAAUGGCAGAAAAUGAAUGCUACUUGAACAUGUGUGCUAGAAGAAACUUUGAGAUGUAUAAUGCACACUGGAAAACUCUUCAAACUGAAUAUCUAAAGUAAACACCAGCUGCAACUGCUGAAAUCGUGCUAAGAUCUGAAAUACACAUAGAAGUUUAUUUGAAGUAUGCCAGAAAAAAUAAGCAUGAACAAUGCACUCACACAGCCCCAACAGAGAUUAAAAAGACCAUAAAUAAACUAGAAUGUGUUAAAAAUAUUAAACACUAGAUGGCAGUAAUAUACUAUUUAAGUUGGAAACUUGAUAAAGUUUUGUGAGUGUGAAUGCAACAGAGGAAGUAAUUUUUGAAACUGAAAAAGAUGUGUUUGUAUUAUUGUGUGCCUAUUUGAAAAUGUACAAUAAUGUUGGUAAGAAUUUAGGGAGAUUAUGGCUAGAGAUGCUUCUAUAGGCGGAUAAUUACAUUUUUUUGUAACUACAUAAUAAUUACAUAUGUCCAAUCUCAAAUUUUACAGUAUGUGUACUGUUUGGAACAUGCAUGUUAAGUAUCAAGAGUUUAUCAAAUUUUCACCAUUUCAUUAAACAAAAAAUGACCCCUUUUGGGGGCAAGCUCAAGAACGAGAUCCUCCUAAUGACAGAAGGCCAGGUUUGUGUACUGUCUGUUAUAUCUGUGAAACUGAAAACUAGUCCAGUCAGUGUGGUUAGUUUAGACCUCGAGCUGAGUCUCGGUUCUUCUUCAAGAACAGUAAGCCAAAUUGCUUUACCAUAUAUGUCAAGAGUAGUGAGUGAGACAGCAUUUUGUAGUAGACUUAUUAUGCAUAGAAAACUUUGAAUAAUGGUCUGGGUGGCUGCUCACAUAAACAGACAUAUUUAUUACUUUUCCUACGAUGUCUUGAUAUCUCUUUUGCUUUGAAUGCACUUUAAAAUAAGAAUGAGAAGAAAACUAUGGACAAAUUCAUAAUUUUGUAAAAUGACUAAGCCUAAAACCAUUAUUUUUUACUUUGCUCUGUAUAAUGCAAAAACUGCAAUAAAUCCAUACAAAAAGAAAAGAGGCAUUACUGUGUUUA